CUGUGAUAUGUCUCGAAUAAUCUUGCGUAAACUUCGUUCCAAAGUGUGACAGAAGUUUCAAUCCACUAGUGAGCUCUAGCUCGGCCAACGGAACAGUAGGUCAAGACGCUCGCGCAAGGUGUCUCAGCACCCUGUUAGGCCGUAUGUGGAAGAAUGCACGAGAUAGUUUGAUGCAUGGCAACGUGCAUACCUCGUGGUUGGGCUCGAGCUAAGACAUUGUCUAAGCAAUUGAUAGUUGCACUUGCUCCAGAGUACUCACUAUGCUUGCUGCCGAUCAUCGCCGAUACCAGCUUCUGCAAUCCCCCACGGCAUCUUGAUGGCCCAUGCAGGCAUUUGCCGAUAGUCGAAUUCAAAAUGCAGUCUGGAAACUGGAUUAUCUCGAGAACUAGAUGCGAGGCUGUGUACGCGGAUCAAAGCAUACUGUUGAGUGCCUCGGUUCAUGUCCAGAUGUUGCCCUUUGCCUCAGCUCUCGCUUUCCCUGACCGCCGCAUGCUGGGCGACAGCGUGCGAUACGACGGCCACGGUAGCCGGUCUGAGCUUUACCAGCCACCCCUCCACAUCCCGCUUGCCCAGGUGGUGUUGAGAAACACGUUGCCGCGCUAAUGGCUACAUGCUGCCGAUUUAUCCGACUGCCAAUAUCCAUUACACCUUGCCGCCAGGCUGGUGUCGUGUCGUAUCAAUCGCAACUUGUUAUCGCCGACCCUGUUCAAACAGACAGCGGCCAACCUCGGUCUGAGUCUGCGACUGGGGUGGCGAUGUCAUCGCAAAUCGAUGAUUUGAUGAGGGGUGAUGAUCUUGGGGUCGCGGUAAGUAACUUGGCGGGUCCCGGAGGACCGUGCGUGCGUCAGCCAAAAUUGUUUGUCCUGUUGACAUGUGCUUGGAACCGGGCCGGGGUAGGGGAGUGGAAUGUCGCGGGCUCACAGUGUUUUCGCCGUUGUCGCGG